AUGUUGAUAACUUCAUUAUUGUUUAUGCAUCUAACAUAUUCAAUAAACAUAAAAGACAUAUAUCAUACAAAUAUUGAUAACUAUUAUAUUCAUGAAAAUCAAUUAAGUACAAUUUUGGCAAUUCCUAAUGCUAGAAAAAUAUCGAUAACUCAAUUGUAGGAAUAAUCAAUAUGCAAUGCUAAAUAAAGAACGUUAGGAUUUCAUACUAAAUUGUAUCAAUAAUUUGAAGAAAUCGAGUACUUGGUUGCAUUAGUUUAACUUACCCCAAGUUCUUAUUUAUUAUAUUCUUCAAAUAAUACUUUGAUUUUUAAGGACAGUAAUACAACACAGCAUCACUAAUUUUAGAUGGAUAUAAAUGAAUAAAUUUCAAUGAUAAAAUUAGAUUCAGAUGUACUGCUUGUAUCAAAUAAUGAAGCAUUCCUUUUUGAAUUGGAAUCUUUAGCUAGUGGAUCAGCAAUUUAUAGAGAAGUGAAAGAUUGGUAAAAAAGAGUUUAUCGAAGAUUGACAAAGCUAAUUAAGAUAGUAGACAAACAGUUUUUAUUAUCUGCCAUCGGAAAAGAUGGAUUAGAACUUUAUAGUGUAGAAGGUAGAAACAUAAUAUUCAUUAAAUAAAUCUAAGCGUACAAAGACAUAGUUGAUUUUGCAGAAGUGAAUAACAAUGUAUUUAUACUAGAUUCUGAAUAAGGACUUAUUUUGUGUAAUGUUGAACCCACUAAUCUUACUACUUAAAUAAUGAAAAUUGAUAACAUGUAAGGAGGUAUAGCUGUUGAUUCCUAUAAUGGAAUUAAUGUUUUUGUAGCUUAUAAGUGGGUUCGAUAUGCAGUUGUUGAGUAUGUAAUAAAUUAAACAUCUAAAUUAUGGUACAAACAUAACAUGAUUUAUACAAAAAAGAUCUAUGAUGUAGAUGCACUUGCUGAUUUUGCAAUCAUUUAAGGAUAGUAUCAUCAUAUUGUUUUAUUUAAUUAUCAUUUAUCUGAUGAGAUAACAUAUUUUAAACAUUAUCACUUAUCAGAUUUUCAAGUCUUUUAUCAUUAGGAUUCAGUUUAUUUUAGUGGUAUUACAUCAAAAUCCUAUGUAUUUUCAGAACUAUAUGUAUUACCUGCCUAAAUUACAUGCUUUUCCAAUUAAACAAAAUCUCGUUUCUAUUAUACUUUAUCAUAUAUUUAAUAGACGACGAAAAGUAAAUACGAAAGACAUUACUAAUAAAUUUCUGUUAAUGUUGUUGAAACUUAUUUUUAUUAAGAUUCAUUAUUCAUAAUAAUCAUAGGAAGUUCUUUGAUUAUGAUUCUAUUUAUUUUACUUUUAGUUAUUUUAAUCAAAAGGAAUAAAUCUAUGCAAAUAACAUUUUUAGAAUUAGAAAAUACAAUUUCAACCAAAUUAAAAUAAGAUAUACUUAAAAAAGAAGAGGAUCCUCCUUAAAUAAUUUAGUCAAAUUUAAUGAGUGUUAGAGAAUGUAAGGAUAUUGAACAUUUGAAUAUUUAAUAAUGA